AUGGCGGAGGUGGCGCUGAGCUCCUGUUGGGAAUUCCGGACCCCACUGAGCAAACGGCCCCGCGCUGCUCCGGGAGCCGCAGCCCAGAAUUCCCAGAAUUCCCCAAAAUCCCGGAAUUCCCUCGGCCCCGAAACCCCGGAGAGAGCGGCGCCGUCCCGCAGGCUGCGGCUGCCGGAGGGAAACCCGGGAAUCCCAGCAGAAAAUCUGGGAAUUCCGGCGGGAAAUUCGGGAAUUCCGGCAGGAAACCUGGGAAUUCCGGCGGGAAAUUCGGGAAUUCCAUCUGAAAAGUCAGGAAUUCCGGCGAGAAAUUCGGGAGUUCCGGCAGGAAGUUCAGGAAUUGCGUCGGGAAAUUCGGGAAUUGCGUCGGGAGCUGCCGGCGUUCCCGGGAAUGCCGCGGUUUCCGUGGGGGUUUUCUACGGGCGCCGGGAUUACCUGGAUCCCCUGCAGAGGAAGCGGCUGCGGGAGCUGCUGGGGGAGGGGCGCGUCCCGGAAAAACCCGGGAACGCCGGGAAUUCGGGAUCCGGGAGAUUGGCCGGGAAAUCCGGGAAUUCCAGCAGGAAUUCCAGGAAGAAUCAGAGCUCCAAAGGCAAAGGCGGUGCCAAGGGGAAAGGCAGCGGGAAUUCCCGGAACGCCGGGAUUGGGAAUUCCCAGAAAUCUGGGAUCGGGAAUUCCCGGAAUUCUAGCAUUGGGAAUUCCCGGACAUCCAAGCUCGGGCAUUCCCUGAAUUCCGGGAUUGGUGGGAAUUCCCGGAUUUCCAACAUUGAGAAUUCCUGGAAUUCUGGGAUUGGGAAUUCCCGGAUUUCUGAGCUCAAGAACUCCCAAAGUUCUGGCAUUGGGAAUUCCCGAGAUUCCAAGCUCAGGAAUUCCCAGAAUUCCAAUGUUGGGAGUUCCCAGAUUUCUGAGCUCAAGGAUUCCCAGAUUUCCAAAGCUGAGAAUUCCCUGAAUUCUGGGAUUGCUGGGAAUUCCCAGGUUUCUGAGCUCAAGAAUUCCCAGAUUUCCGAUGUUGAGAAUUCCCAGAUUUCUGGGGUAGUUGGGAAUUCCGAGGUCAAGAAUUCCAGGCAUUCCGGCCUUGGGAAUUCUGGGAGUUCCGGGAAUUCCGGCCUUGGGAAUUCUGGGAAUUCCGGGAAUUCCGGCCUUGGGAAUUCCGGGCGCUCCGGGCUUUCCCGGGUGCUGCUGUCGGGGGCGCGGCCGCGCCUGCGUCUCCGCGGGGGCUGCGCCUUCUUCCGCGGCGGGAGCCGAUCCCGGAAAAAACCGGGAACGCCGCGGGAAGCGCCGGCCCCGCCCCCGCCGGGAGCCGCGCGGAACCUUCCGGAAGCCGCGAGCGACGGCCGGGAAAACCGGGAGAGCCCCGGGAAAUGCCGGCCCCGGCAGGGCCGCUCGGAGGCGCUGCCGCGCUCGGGGGACGCCGCGGGCGGGCGGGAGCCGGGCUCUCCGUGCCCGGCCGGGCUCUUCCCCAUUUUCCUGCCCAGCAGGAGGAGGCCGCUGCAGGAGCUGCCGGCUCCGUUCCUUCCCUCUGGAAAAGCUCCCAGGAAAUCCCGGGAAUCCUCGUGGGAUCAGCUCGUCAUCGACGCGGGGCAGCGGGGGCUGGGCGCGCGGCAGUGCGGAUCCUGCGGGAUGCUCUUCGCUCCCGGCGUUGCCGAGGAUCGGCUCCAGCACCUGCGGCACCACCGGAGGCUGCGCCAGGCGCUCACGCACACGGGCUGGAAGCAGGAGCGCGUGGUGGCGGAAUUCUGGGAUGGGAAAAUCCUCCUGAUCCUUCCCGAGGAUCCCAAAUACGCCCUCAGGAAGGCCGAGGAGGUUUUGGCCAUCGUGGAUUCCGAGCUGGGCUUCCCGGAGCAGUCCCAGAUCUUCCCGCAGGAUUCCCGGCUUUCCCCGGAGCGUUGCCGGAGUUCCGCGCGGCGUUCCGGGGUUUUCCCGCAGCAUUCCCGGGUGUACCUGUUCGUCAGCGCCGGGAAGUGCGUGCUGGGCUGCCUGGUGGCCCAGCCCAUCAGCCAGGCGUUCCGGGUGCUGCCAGAGCCGGGCCUGGCGCCGUUGCCGGGUGAUCCCGGCGGUGAUUCCCGGGAAUGCCGGGCGGCGUGGGAGCGCGCCUGGCGCUGCGGGCCGUGCCCGGAGCCGGCCGCCUGCGGCAUCAGCCGGCUCUGGGUGCUGGGCGCGCGCCGGCGCCGCGGCAUCGCCCGCAGGAUGCUGGACGCGCUCCGGCGCACGUUCGUGUUCGGGGCGGUGCUGAGCUCCCGGGAUUUGGCCUUUUCCGACCCCACGGCCGACGGGAGAGGCUUCGCCGCGCGCUACUGCGGCCGCCCCGACUUCCUCGUCUACAGCCCCCUGGCUCCCGCCGCGCCGGGAUCACCGGGAUCCGCGCCGGGAUCAUCGGGAUCCGUGAUCACCGGGAUCCGCACCGGGAUCAUCGGGAUCCGCACCGGGAUCCGCGCCGGGAUCCGCACCGGGAGCACCGGGAUCCGCACCGGGAUCAUCGGAAUCCGCACUGGGAUCCGCGCUGGCAUCUGCAGCGGGAUCACCGGGAUCCGCACCGGGAUCACCGGGAUCUACACAGAGAUCACCGGGAUCCGCACCGGGAUCCGCACCGGGAUCACUGGGAUCCGCCGCCCCGGGAUUGGCAUCGGGAUCGGCACCGGGAUCCGCACCAGGAUCUGCAGCGGCAUCUGCAGCGGGAUCAGCAGGAUCAGCACCAGGAUCCACACCAGGAUCCACACUGGGAUCACCGGGAUCCACACAGGGAUUGGGAUCGGGAUCAGCAGGAUCAGUGGGAUCAGGAUCGUUGGAAUCGAAAUUGGGAUCAGCAGGACUGGGGUUGACAUCGAGAUCACCGGGAUCGGGAUCAGCAGGAUCAGGGGGAUCAGCAGGACUGGGGUUUUCCGGAAAUAUCCCAAGGUUUUCUGA